AUGGCUACCCUCAGUGUCCUUAGCUUUGAUACUGAGGGUCGUGCUGUUGACUUUGAGGUCUGGGUCGAUGACCUCCAGCUGUUCUUACAGUGCGAUAGGGCGGACGGACUCUCACUGUUCGAUCUCACCUCUUGUGUCUCUCCUGCCCCGCCUGCUGCUGCUGACAGCACUGUUCGCUCACAUUGGGCCACACGUGAUGCUGCUGCACGUCUUGCUGUGUGUCGCCACCUACCGACCAUUGAGCGUGCGCACUUUAGCCGGGGUGUUCUCCCUCCCCCCUCUUGCCCUCUGUUGCUUCUGCUGCUGCGGCCGACCUCGUUGGCUUCGAGUCGGUCGGCGCUGCGUCUGUCCGUAGCAGGAAGCGCCGCACCGGCAAGGGCAAGGGGGGGCAAAGGCGCUGGGGGGGCCAGUGGGGGCGGUGGAGGUGGUGGUGGAGGCAGUGGAGGGGGUGGGGGUGGUAGUGGGAGUGGUGGCGGGGGUGGAGGUGUCGGUGGCAGCACUGGAGGCGGAGGAGGCGGCGGGGGUGGCGGAGGGAGCGGCGGUGGCGGAGGCGGCGGAGGUGGCGGAGGCGGCGGUGGUGGCGGAGGCGGCGGUGGUGGCGGUGGAGCUGGUCGCGGCUCAGUGCAGAGGAGUGGCUCCAGUGGUGGUCCGAGCCAGCAGCAGCAGCGCGGUCGUGAGACCUUGUCCCCUCAGCAGUUUCGUGAGUGGUACGCUGGGAGUCAGCGGGGUGGGGGUACUGGUCCCUGCACCUACGUCCUCCGUACAGGCGACCGCGCUGGUGAGUUGUCCAGGGGCACGCACUCCACCCAGCGCUGCUUCGGCCACCUGACGGACGCUUGGCGUCAUCAGUUCCCUGACGCCACUGAGAUCCCUCGCUGGGGAGAGCGGUCUAGGGCGGGGGUAGCUAUCUUUGAUUUUGAGUAUGAUGCUAUUCUUGCUGCCAUGUAUGCUGUGUCUACUAGUGAUGAGGGUGACUGUUACCUGUGUGUUCCGCCUGACCUGGGCAUUGAGGCUGCUGCUCUAAGUGCUGGUAAGACUGCUGCUCCAGGUGCUAGAGCGUCUGCUACCCCAGGUGCUGGUGAGUCUGCUCUCUUAGGUACCACGUCGGCUCAGACUUUGCACACCUUCACCCUUGACUCGGGUGCUUCCCGCUCUUUCUUUCGAGACCGCACCACACUUACGCCGCUUAGUCGGCCGGUUGCGGUCUCUCUGGCGGACCCCUCUGGGGGUCUUGUUCUUGAUAGCUUCUCCACGAUCUUACCAUAG